GAGCCCUCGAUGGGCUGAGGGAUGAGGAGAGGGCAAAGGUACCGCCUGCAUCGAGACGUGCUUGUGUGAUGCCGAGGGGAAAUAUGGAGCGGGGGGGAGAGAGAGAGAACGGGCAGUAAUUGUCUAGCGAUCGAUGUCGCACGUCGCCGGCGGACCGCGAUCGUCGAGGAAAGAGGCGGCCUUCAGGAGGUCGAUGAACGAUGCACUUGACUCCGUUUCCAUCCUCUCUUCAUCUUCACUUCCCUCACGUCUCUUCGCCCUUACUCUCACACGCACGCACGCACGCACGCUACCGUCAUGCCCUCCCUCGUCCACAAGGUCAUCGACGACUAUGCUGCGCGCCGCCUACGCAGCCGCGAGAUGGCGGCGUUGAGGCAGUGGAAGCUCGACCAGGUUCGCCAUCAGAUGGGGCAGAGCCGCCACAAGGGGACUGCUGAUCCCGACCUUGUCGCCGCGGUAGAGAGCUGGAGGAUCACCGUCACGGAGCAGAAGCAAGGCAGCCAGUCACCCAUCGUCUUGUCUACUCCGCCGUGGCAGGCGUCACCCACGACAGCACCUCGCAGCGAUAAUGUCGAGCGCUUUCUCCCCAUUCAGAGCCAUCGUGGCCGUGGGGAGCAGCUUUUCCUUGACACGAGGCUUUUCGACGUGCCCGUGCAGAAGGAGGGACGGGAAGAUGGUCAGAGUGGUGAGGUCGCGCAGCAGCAGCAGCAGCAGCAGCAGAGGAAGGCGAACGAGAUGGGGCGACCAACAUUGCCUGGCCGCGAAAGCUCGCUCAAGGAGGAGGACUGGCUGACUCGACGAAUGAUCGAGGAGCUCAGCGCACCAAGAAGAGGGUCAGACUGCUCGGAUGCUACAUUGGUGUGAUUACCUCAACAACGUCCCGAUUCCUCGUACCAUGGGCCCGUGUGCGAGCCACUCGGGCUCUCUUGUCACCAACUUCCUUCCUUCCUUCCUUCCUUCUCAUCUGUAAACAUAGUUCAUCAAUCAGUUUAGACUUGCUUCUUCUCUCUACGCCUCGAGAUAAGGGCAGGCGGGGCCGCGAGCGGCGAGGGGC